AUGGAUCUCUCUAUCUUCAUCUAUUCAUUAUCUAUCUAUCUAUCUAUCUAUCUAUCUAUCUAUGUCUAUUCAUUAUCUAUCUAUCUAUCUAUCUAUGUCUAUUCAUUAUCUAUCUAUCUAUCUAUGUCUAUUCAUUAUCUAUCUAUCUAUCUAUGUCUAUUCAUUAUCUAUCUAUCUAUCUAUCUAUCUAUCUAUGUCUAUUCAUUUUCUAUCUAUCUAUCUAUCUAUCUAUGUCUAUUCAUUUUCUAUCUAUCUAUCUAUCUAUCUAUGUCUAUUCAUUUUCUAUCUAUCUAUCUAUCUAUCUAUGUCUAUUCAUUAUCUAUCUAUCUAUCUAUGUCUAUUCAUUUUCUAUCUAUCUAUCUAUCUAUCUAUCUAUGUCUAUUCAUUUUCUAUCUAUCUAUCUAUGUCUAUUCAUUAUCUAUCUAUCUAUCUAUCUAUGUCUAUUCAUUAUCUAUCUAUCUAUCUAUCUAUGUCUAUUCAUUUAUCUAUCUAUCUAUCUAUGUCUAUUCAUUUAUCCAUCUAUCUAUCUAUCUAUGUCUAUUCAUUUAUCUAUCUAUCUAUCUAUCUAUCUAUGUCUAUUCAUUUAUCUAUCUAUCUAUCUAUCUAUCAUAUCUAUCUAUCUAUCUAUGUCAUUUUUUCUAUCUAUCUAUCUAUAUCUAUCUAUGUCUAUUCAUUAUCUAUCUAUCUCUAUUCAUUUAUCUAUCUAUCUAUCUAUCUAUGUCUAUUCAUUAUCUAUAUCUAUCUAUCUAUGUCUAUUCAUUAUCUAUGUCUAUAUCUAUCUAUCUAUCUAUCAUUAUCUAUCUAUCUAUCUUCAUCUUCAUGUCUAUUCAUUAUAUCUAUCUAUCUAUGUCUAUUCACCAUCUAUCCAUAUAUAUCUAUGUCUAUUCAUUUUCUAUCUAUCUAUCUAUGUCUAUUUUAUUCAUCUAUCUAUCUAUCUAUGUCUAUUCAUUAUCUAUCUAUCUAUCUAUCUAUGUCUAUUCAUUAUCUAUCUAUCUAUCUAUCUAUGUCUAUUCAUUUUAUCUAUCUAUCCUAUCUAUCUAUCUAUGUCUAUGCAUUUUCUAUCCAUAUCUAUCUAUCUAUAUCUAUUCAUCUAUCUAUCUAUCUAUCUAUCUAUGUCUAUUCAUUCAUUAUCUAUCUAUGUCUAUUCAUCUAUCCAUCUAUCUAUCUAUGUCUAUUCAUUAUCUAUCUAUCUAUCUAUGUCUAUUCAUUUUCUAUCUAUCUAUCUAUCUAUCAUUUAUCUAUUCUAUAUAUAUCUAUCAUUAUAUCUAUCUAUCUAUGUCUAUUCAUUAUCUAUCUAUCUAUCUAUGUCUAUUCAUUAUCUAUCUAUCUAUCUAUCUAUCUAUGUCUAUUCAUUAUCUAUCUAUCUAUCUAUCUAUCUAUGUCUAUUCAUUUUCUAUCUAUCUAUCUAUCUAUCUAUGUCUAUUCAUUAUCUAUCUAUCUAUCUAUCUAUGUCUAUUCAUCAUAUCUAUCUAUCUAUCCUAUCUAUGUCUAUUCAUUUAUCUAUCCAUCUAUCUAUCUAUCCAUGUCAUCCAUUUAUCUAUCUAUCUAUGUCUAUUCAUUAUCUAUCUAUCUAUCUAUCUAUCUAUCUAUGUCUAUUCAUUUUCUAUCUAUCUAUCUAUGUCUAUUCAUUUUCUAUCUAUCUAUCUAUGUCUAUUCAUUUUCUAUCUAUCUAUCUAUCUAUCUAUGUCUAUUCAUUAUCUAUCUAUCUAUCUAUGUCUAUUCAUUAUCUAUCUAUCUAUCUAUCUCUAUUCAUUAUCUAUCUAUCUAUCUAUCUAUCUAUGUCUAUUCAUUUUCUAUCUAUCUAUCUAUGUCUAUUCAUUUUCUAUCUAUCUAUCUAUGUCUAUUUAUUAUCUAUCUAUCUAUCUAUGUCUAUUCAUUUUUAUCUAUCUAUCUAUCUAUCUAUCUAUUAUUUUCUAUCUAUCUAUCUAUGUCUAUUCAUUUUCUAUCUAUCUAUCUAUCUAUCUAUGUCUAUUCAUUUUCUAUCUAUCUAUCUAUCUAUCUAUCUAUCUAUGUCUAUUCAUUUUUAUCUAUCUAUCUAUCUAUCUAUCUAUUCAUUUCUAUCUAUCUAUCUAUUCUAUGUCUAUUCAUUUUCUAUCUAUCUAUCUAUCUAUCUAUCUAGGUCUAUUCAUUAUCUAUCGAUCUAUCUAUCUAUGUCUAUUCAUUAUCUAUCGAUCUAUCUAUCUAUCUAUCUAUCUAUCUCUAUUCAUUAUCUAUCUAUCUAUCUAUCUAUCUUAUCUAUCUAUGGCUAUUCAUUAUCUAUCUAUCUAUCUAUCUAUGUCUAUUCAUUAUCUAUCUAUCUAUCUAUGUCUAUUCAUUAUCUAUCUAUCUAUAACUAUUCAUUAUCUAUCUAUCUAUCUAUCUAUCUUAUCUAUCUAUCUAUGUCUAUUCAUUAUCUAUCUAUCUAUCUAUGUCUAUACAUUAUCUAUCUAUCUAUCUAUCUAUGUCUAUUCAUUAUCUAUCUAUCUAUCUAUCUAUCUAUCUAUCUAUCUAUCUAUGUCUAUUCAUUAUCUAUCUAUAUGGGGAAAAUGUUUUUCUUUGGGCAAAUUCCUCUUUUUCACAACAUUUUUGGUAGAUUUGUUCAUUGCUUGA